UGCUAUAACAGUCUGCACGCCUCACGUUGUGGCAGCCCUUACCAGUCUCCCGGCAAUUCAGCUUCCUCUUCCGACUAUCUGUGAGCUCACAGACGAGGCACCCUUGCGCCGUCCACUUCGCGCCGCUGCGACAUCAUUUUCCAAACAUACGCAGACAUCCACGGUAUAUAAACCCGCUCGGAUGCCCCCACAAACCUCUUCCACUGCAGGCUGGACCCCUCUUCCCGAAGGCCGCUCUACUGAAAUCAACCGGAAGAAUUUCAAAGACGAGCUCGUACACAACGUCAAGUACUCGGACCGCAAGCUGUUCACCAAGAAAUUCCUUCCAGGCAAGGUCACUACUCUGACCUCGAACGAGGCUACCGUUACACGGAUUGUCGACGACGUCAAAGAGGAGUGCCAUGCGCAAAUUGUGCUGAUAGAGGAGCUGUCUUGCGCCAAGUCGGGCUCCGAAGUUAAGUUCUACCCACCCAUGGCUGCGAUUUUUGCUAGCAUCGAGAAGGCAUGCGCCAAGGUGUCUCCUCAGACAAGGAAGUACUAUCGAAGCUUCGUAUCCAAGGACAAGGAGCUGUUGCGUUGGGAAGACCCGCUUAUCCCCAACAUCUUAGAGGCACGAGGCAAACCAGACUUUGCGCUCGCCGAGGUUUCUCCCCCCGAGGGUGUUCUUACCACGCAUCUCGAUCCCAAGUCGGUGUUGUGGCGGCAUUGCUCUGCCUUCAUCGAGGUAAAGGGCUCAGCAUCCGAUCUUCCUAUCACACGGGAUGAGAAAGCGAUCAAGGACACGCUUGCUCAAGGCGCAGACUACGCUCGCAUCCUCUUCCAUGCUCGCCCGUUCCAACUCUACGUGUACGGUAUAUUUUUCUGCGGCGAUAGCUGGUGUCUAGGCUACUUCGAUCGCCGAGGCGCUAUCAUUGCCGCGCCGGUCGCGCUGUACAAGGACCACCAGCUAGUCGAUGCUGCGUUCCGAGACUUCGUCAAGAUGAUCAUACGAUUCACGUGGGAGAUCACCCCGGAGGAGCUCGGUCACGACCCGUCCAUGGUCUUGCUGCAAGGAUACGGGCACUACUCGAAGACGCCACCGCGUUUCCUAGUAGCGAUCAAUGACUCGGUCGAAGUGCGCACCUUCGGUUUGCCGAUGUGGAGCUCGCAGUCUAUGCUAGGUCGGGGGACAGCUAUCUGGAAGGCAGUUGAUGUUUCGUCGGGUCUUCCGGUCAUCCUCAAGUAUGCUUGGAGAAGCCAGGGACGUCUAGCCGAAUCCGCUAUCUACGAGAAGAUAGCUUCUGUGUUUGAGGCCGCGGGCGAGGCCAUACCGAAAGGAAUGGCCAGCUUCAAGUCGGGCGGUGAUGCUCAGCUUGAGGGAGGUACCCUGACGGUACGCGCUCUCAGGAAACUACCAGAGUUCACCAAAGGCAUACAACCUGAUGCGGUUCUCCAUCGUGUCGUUUUGAACGACUUUGGGAAGAGUCUGUGGGAGUACAGUAGUGGCGAAGAAUUGAUGGACGCAAUGUAUACCGCUGUGUCAGCUCAUCUGAACCUUUACAAGCGAAAGUUCUUGCACCGUGACAUCAGUGCUGGAAACAUUCUCAUCCGCGUACACACGGUCUAUCAGGCUGCAAUCCCCGAGAAGGAACUCGAUGAACGAUUUGAUACGCAAGAUCUUCCGAUAACAGAGGGCUUCCUCACUGAUUUCGAGCUCGCCUCCUACCCUGUUCCCGACCCCGCUGCUAAGGAGGCGGGAGAGACGAUGACGGGCACAGUGGCAUUCAUGGCCACGGAGCUGCUUCAGGCUGUUGUCGCAGGCAAGACGAUAACGCGUACCGCAGCACACGAUCUCGAGUCUUUCUGCUGGGUGUUCAUCUACACUCUCUACCUCCGCGCCUUGCGUGACAUGCCUAAAGGCCAGAAGCGAUCGGAUCUGCAGAGCGAGUACCGCAAGAUUUUUGCAGCGAUCGGCUGCGUGGAGCUGUUGGAUAAACGUUGGGUGGCUCUUCCCUCGGACCAGGACCAAUUCCUCGGAAACAUCGAUUGCCUAAGGGCGCACCUUGACGAUCUUGAGGAGAAGACGCUCAGAAUUUGUCUCAACACGUGCUGGUACUACCUCAAAUGUUUUCAGCCUAAUCGCCGUAUGCGAACCUUACCUGAGAUGGCCGAAGGAGCUGGAGACCGUGUUCCGGCACCGUUCGGUUCAUCUACGAAAGCGACGCACGAGAUGGUUUUGCUUGUGUUCUCUACACCCGAAAGAAUGCGGAAGCGCAAGCGGGGAGACUCUGGAUCCGAGAUGGGGCGCGAGCAUGUGGCGUAG